CUAUCGACCCAGUUUCUAAGAAAUAUACUUGCGGCUAGUGGUAACGGAGGCACUCAAAUCUUAUCAGGAUCUGAUUUCGAGGUUAGGGGAAAAUUGAUAAAUGAUGGGCAUGACCCAGAAGUGUAUUUGAUGGAUUUCAAGGUAAAAAAUCAAAGCAAGCCGAUCAUCAAAUUCCAAAAGUCACCUUAUAGUAGGAUGCGAUUCAAGAAUAUGGAGAUGAAUAGGAAGACAGUGAGAACCAAAUUUGGUAGUACGACUCAUACAGGACAAAGAAGUCAAUCGAAAAAAGACACAACCAGAGGUCCGUCAUUGUAUACUCGAAUGUUUGCUACCCCCUUCACUGACGCACAGAUUGAGGAUGUGUACGUAAGUUAG